GAGCCCCAUCCGUGUGUGUUUAUGCUUGUGUGCGAGUGCGUGCGUGGGUCUGCCGCAUUAAAUUUGGAUUUAGCUCCGAUUUGGACCCGGAUCUCGGACUAAUAUGCGACUGGACGUGUUCUGGACUCUCCUAGCCUGCCUCCUGCUAGGAGGGCAUGGCACCCACGCCUGGCAUUCCGAGGAACUGGAAAUCUUCGAUUUGGUCGAGGAGGUGAAUCGCAACUUCUAUGAAUUCAUGGGAAUCAAUCAAACGGCCACUGGAGCUGAGAUAAAGCGCGCCUUUCGCACUCUGUCCAUUGUCCUGCAUCCGGACAAGAACCCGGCCGAGGAUGCCAACAUCCAGUUCCGCAAUUUGGUCUCCAUCUACGAGGUCCUCAAGGAUCCUUCGCGACGGGAGAAAUACGAUAGGGUGCUGAAGGAGGGCAUGCCAAACUGGAAAUCGGCCCUCUACUAUUACCGCCGGAUGCGAAAGAUUGGCCUCUACGAGGGCGCCUUCAUCCUCUUCCUGAUCACCACCGUGGGCCAAUACCUAUUCGCCUGGGCCGCUUAUCUCGAGAAGAAGUACACCGCCGAACAGGUCUUUGGCACCAAGUUAAAAAAGCUGCAGAAGAAGAACAAGAAUAUUGACAUGGAUGUAAUCCUUAGCGAGAUCCCAAUGCCCUCGCUGCUCAACACGCUGCCCAUCCAGAUCCCAUUGGCCCUGUGGAACCUGCCGCGCACCAUCAAGAACGGAUUCAGCAAGGCCAACGAGCUCAAGGAACUGGCGCUGGAGAAGCGCAGACAAGAGCUGGAAGCCGCCCGACGCCAGGAGGAACUGGAGCGCGAGGCCGAGGAGCAGGCGCGUCUGCGCAAGGAAAACAAGGAGAACCUGCGAAAGCGCAAACAGAACAGCAAGGCGCCGGAGAAAACCGAGGAGGAGCUGCGCGGCUAUUCGCAGAUUCAGGCACGAGAAAUCAACGAUGACGAUGCAGUGCGUCCGGCUUCCCAGAAGAGCACCGUAAGCGGCGGCUUUUGGACCGACGAGGAUCUCACCGAGCUGAUUCGUCUGGUAAAGAAGUAUCCCGGUGGAGCUGGCAGCCGCUGGAACACCAUCGCCGAAUCGAUGAACCGCAGCGUCCAGGAGGUCACUUUCAUGGCGGCCAAGAUGAAGGAGAACGGCUACCGCAUUCCCGGCCAAUCGGACAGCGUGGCUGAGAAUCUCGUCCAGGAAUCACAGCAGGCGCAGCGCAAGGAGAAGGUUAAGAAGUCGGCGACUUCGACAGCUGCUGCAAGCGGCAGUACUCCGGCGGAGAAGAGCAUGCUAAUUCCGGAGACCAACUGGACGCAGGAGCAGCAGCGCGCCCUGGAGGCGGCAAUAGUCAAGUAUCGGAAGACGGCCGGCGGCGAUCGUUGGCAGAAGAUCGCCAACAGUGUGCCGGAGAAGACCAAGGAGGAGUGCCUGGUGCGCUACAAGUAUCUCUGCGAGCUGGUCAAGACGCAGAAGCGCGCCGAGGAGGAGGCCAAUGAACCGGCCGACGAGGAGGCGGCGGCCAUCGAGGAGGAGCUUCCGGAGGAGCAGACGCCAGCGCCUCCGGAACCAGAAGCGCCGCCAGCUGCCAAAAAGCUGAGCAAGCGAGAGCAGCGGCGCCGCAAAGAUCUGUCCAGCGGCGAGGACUCGGAUGAUGCAUAUCAGUACGAGAUUAGUUAGUCGGAUACACCGAAUCCGUUGUCCUCCUGCUUCGGUAACUCCUCGCGUGGCUCAAAACCUAGACUUAACUGAAUUUUUUUAUACUUUGCACAAAAGACUCUCUGGCAUGGCA